UGCCGUUUCGUACGCGUUGCCAACGCAGCAGCAGCAGCAGCUAACGGUGUAUAUGUGUGUGUGUGUGUGUGUUCUUUAGAGAUUGAACGUAAAGGCAUAACCAAAACCGUUGCCUACUUUUGAGCGCCAAGCGAAAAAGCGCUGAUCUAAGCGUACGGCCAAACAAUUGCCGGCAAAGUGCAUAACGGUGCAUGUGAUUCGUGGAAAACAAAAUAAGAAAAUAAACAAACAAACAUACUGGCCUUACACAAUUUUAUGCGAGUGCCCCGAGGCAAAGUUCUGUUGAUGCAACAGCAAGUGAGCCGCAAGUGAAAGGUGAAAGCGCAAAGUGCAAAGAAGAUUUUUAUUUUUGAAAUACUUACAAUUGCCAAAGACCUGCUGGGCCAGCAACAGCAACAACAACAUCAUCAUCAUCAUCAUCACAGUAGCAGCAGCAGCAGCAGGAGUCACGCAGGCGUCGCUAAUGGGCGGUUACGCAACUCUACCUCAACAGCAGCCACGAGAACCAACAGCAACAGCAGCAGCAGCAGCAGCAACAUCCCACUAGCCACAAUAACAACCAUUGCAGCUGCAACUGCAGCAGACGCUGCGUAUUUGCUGCAAUGUCCACGUAAUGCAUACAAAACACAAAAGUUGCAUUUCAGUUGCCAACGCCAACGCUGCCAGCAGUGAGAAAAUGAAGUCGGUUAUCCUGUAUCCGUAUGGACCGCUGACGGGCGGCGCGCGCUGCUGCCGCAUGUUGCAUGCCAAAAAUUUGGCCAUAACAAGUGCAAUUUACACAAUUAAUAUAUCACUCCUAAUUGUGCUGAUCUAUUCCUGGCGCAUCAAUGUUAACAUGCACAAAUCUGCCGAGCUCCAGGAUGUCUACUAUGGCGUGCAAAUUGCAUAUUUUGCCAUAAUUGGAACGCAAAUGUCAAUGAUAUUGUUAAGCAUUGUGCUGAUAUUUGGCAUCUGUCGGGAAAACCCCGGCCUAAUUGUACCCUGGAUAAUUGGCUACAUUACGUUCAUGGCCUUGGAAGCUGUCGCCAUGGUUUAUUCGAAUGUGCUGCGUGAUCAUGUGAACAAGCAAUUCGAUGCCAUGUGCAAGGCGGAGGUGGCAUUCUUCAUAGCACGCGCAUUUAUCAAUGUGCUAGCCAUGUGGGGCGUUUUGCGCUUCUAUAAUCUCGUGCGUUCGGGCAUCACCUGGCGUGGACCGGAGGCCAAGACUGCCAUCUUUGCGCCCAUGUACAAGAGCGUGAGCACGCACAGCAAAUCCUCGAUUGUCCAUCUGGAGGGCAAGCGGGCCAAGCAGCGCCAGAGACGCUACAGCGUGGAGGCCGAGAGCGGCUGCUGUGCGAUCUUUGACUUUGACUUUGACUACGAUGACGAGGACGACGACGAUGACGGGGCUGAGGAUGAUGUGGGCUAUGACUACGAUGACUACUACGACUACUAUGAGGAUGAGGAUGAGCAGCAGCUGGAGCUGGGGCAGCAGGAUGAUGCCGAUUGCAGCAUGCUGGGCUCGGGUGGCAGCGGCGGCGGCGGUGGCAAGUCGCGUCCCCGCACCGCGGCGGUGCGUAUCAAGAGUCAACGCCAUCGACGCAACAACAACAACAUACGCAGCGUGCUGAUCAAUAAGCGGCACAACAAGUACAAAAUCAGUCGGCCCCAGACUCAGCUGGAGGUGAUCAACGAGUCGGAGCGCAGCGCGGGCAGCGGCAGCGACGAGAACGACUCCCUGCUGGUGGCCUACGACAGCAGUUCGUCCUUGGCGUCGGUUUGACAUUGGCCGCCAUGUCACAAUGGAGCUGCAGCAAAUGGGAACGAUCUCCAGCCAACGUCCAGCGGAAGCGAUGCCAGCUGCAACGGCAGCAGCAGCGACGACGACGAUGACGACGACGACGUCGACGGCAGUCGCCAGGAUCUGCAGCCUGGAGCGCGGCUCGCUGCCAAAUGUUAUAGUCAGCGUCAGCGUAAGCGCCGACGUUCACUGCGACGCGUCUACUGCGCUGUAAACAUCUCCAUAAUGGGUCUCCUGGUGGCCGUGGAGAUAUACGCACAGCUGGCCAUAUUCCUCUAGAUAGAUCCAGCUAGGGCCAUUGACAAAUAAGCUUCAAUAAAAAAUAUUAAAAUAAAAAUAAAUAUAUAAAUAAAUAAAUCUACAAGAUAUCAGUUGUAUAUAAGAAUUAAACUUUAUCAAAUAAAGAGCAUAAGGUAAAAAAAAAAAAUUGAAAAAAAAAAUAAUAAUAGCAUAAUUGGUAAUUCAAUGCAUAAAUAUUUAUCUGCUAGCAGUCUAGGCAACUAGGCGGCUAAAAGUUAUGUGAAUAACAGGAAGUAGACAGGGAACUCAAGUAUUAAAAGAAAAAGAAAAACACAUUUAAUAAUUUAAGCCUAAACAAGGCAAGUCUUCAAAA